AUGUCAGCGCCAGCAGUAGCAAACGGCGCAGCUCCAAACGGACACGCAGGCGGCGUCAAGAGCUCGGCCGCAAAGUCACGUGGUGCUCUCAAGCGUCUCAAGGCCAAGCAGAAGCGUGCCGCAUCCGAAGCGCCUAGCGAGUCAUCAUCAGCUGUCAGCGAUGCCGAGUCUAACUCUGUCCCCGCCACACCCACAUCCACGCUUACUGUCGAAGCGUUCCUCGACUCGGCGCCCGAGUCUGACCCCAACUACUCGCAAUUCGCGACCGUGUUCAGGCACUUCAACGAGGGCGAGGACGGGCUGCCAGUUAUCGAUGCGGGGCCAAAAAAAGGCGAGGUAUACUGGUCGGACGAGGAGGAGGAUGAUGAGGAGGCAGUCGCACGCGCCAAGGAUCGCGCGAUGAAGGAUGCUGGCAUGACACGGCGUGAGCGACGGAACGCGUCCAAGCUGUCUGUCGCUGAGCUCAAGCAGCUCGUUGACCGACCAGAGGUUGUCGAGUGGUUUGAUCGCGACGCACGUGACCCUCGUCUCCUCGUUACGCUCAAGAGUUACCGCAACAGUGUGCCAAUCCCGAGCCACUGGAACGCCAAGCGCGACUACCUCGCGGGACGGCGUGGAAUGGAGAAGACGCCAUUCAACCUCCCCCAAUGGAUUGCAGACACCGGUAUUGGGGAACAGCGCGACGCCGUCAAGUCCAAGGAGAGUGCGCAGAGCUUGGCGCAAAAGACGCGCGAGCGCGUCCAGCCCAAGAUGGGCAAGAUCGACAUCGACUACCAGAAGUUGCACGACGCAUUCUUCAAGUUCCAGGGCAAACCAGCAAUGUCCAAGUUUGGCGAGGCGUACUACGAGGGCAAGGAGAUGACGUCGGACCUGCGCACGAAGAAGCCCGGAGACCUCAGCGACGAGCUCAUUGACGCACUGAGCAUCCCCCCCAACGCGCCGCCGCCUUGGCUCAUUGCCAUGCAGCGUUUCGGCCCUCCUCCUUCGUAUCCCAACCUGCGCAUCCGUGGAUUAAAUGCGCCAAUCCCUGCCGGCGCUCAGUGGGGAUUCCAUCCAGGUGGAUGGGGCAAGCCGCCGAUGGACGAGUACAACCGCCCGUUGUACGGCGACGUGUUUGGCGUUGUGCAGGGUGCCGAGAUCGAGCACCAGAACGCUGUGAACCGCGAGCGCUGGGGCGAGAUCGAGCACGUCGAGGCUGAGGAGAGCGACGAGGAGGAGGAAGAGGAGGAGGAGGAGGAGGAGGCCGAGAGUGAGGACGAGGACGAGGACGGCGAGCCUUCCGGUGGUCUCGAGACGCCUUCUGGUCUCGCCACACCAAGCGGGUACAAUUCAGUCACCUCUACCGUUCCCGGCGGCCUUGAGACGCCAGACUUUGUGGACCUGCGCAAGCGGCGCGAGCGUCCCGAGACCGAGGACCGACCCAGCGGACCACGCGAGCUGUACACGGUCAUUCCGGAACGUGAGAGCAGCGUGAAAGGCUUCAUGGGCUCGAGCACGGCGUACGACCUUUCUGCAGCGGCGCCCGUACUUGGCGAGGACCGGGGAACGAAGCGCAAGAGCGGUGACGUGGAAGUGUCCCUCGACGGCGACGAGGACCUCACCCCUGCCCAACUCAAGGCGAAAUACGAUGCUGCGCGGGCAGAGACUAGCCGCGUACAUGUGCCUGGUGCGAAUGUCGACCGGUCCGAGUUUGACGACAUUGUGUCGAGCGAGACGAAGAAGCGCGCGCGCAAGGAGGAGAAGCGCGGGAAGGAGAAGACGGAGAAGUUCAAAUUCUAG